AUGAAGCUGCAGGCCGUGAUGGAGACGCUCUUGCAGAGGCAGCAGCGGGCCCGUCAGGAGCUGGAAGCCCGGCAGCAGCCGACCCCCGACCCCCCAACUGGUCCCCCGGCCCGGGCGCGGGCCACCCCCGAUGAGGACAGAGAGCCUGAGAAUGCUCGCAUGCAGCGGGCACAGAUGGCUGCGCUGGCCGCUAUGCGGGCUGCUGCCGCGGGUCUCGGACAUCCACCCAGCCCCAGUGGCUCUGAGGAUGGGCCACCAGGCUCUGAGGACGAGGACACAGCCCGGGAGGGGACACCAGGCUCUCCCGCCCCGCCAGGCAGAGGCAGGAAAGGGCCCGGACGCACCGAAGGAGACGGGCACUUUGAGGACGUGGGCUCUGACGAUGACCUGAAGCCGAAAUGGGAAGAGGAGCUGGAGGAAGACCUUGGGGACGAGGAGGAGGACGAGGAGGAUGAUUAUGAGGACGAGGACGAGGAGGAAGAGGAGGGGCUGGGUCCCCCGGGCCCCGCCAGCCUGGGCUCCACAGCCCUGUUCCCCCGCAAGGCGCAGCCUCUCCAGGCCUUCCGCGGCGAUGGCAUUCCCAGGGCACUGGGUGGCCCGGAGCGGCCGGGACCCAGCCCGGCUCACCCUGGAGGGGCCGCCCAUGUGGCUCCCCAGCUGCAGCCACCUGACCACGGGGACUGGACCUACGAGGAGCAGUUCAAGCAGCUUUACGAGCUCGACGGGGACCCCAAAAGGAAGGAAUUCCUGGACGACUUGUUCAGCUUCAUGCAGAAGCGAG